AUGAGUAAAGACCUCGACAUUGAAUAUAUCCGACCUCUAGAUCCUCGUAACGCAUUUUUUGGUGGUAGAACAAAUGCCAGCAAACUUUACUACAAAUGUUCUGAGAAGGAAAGAGUGAAAUACUGCGAUUUUACAUCACAGUAUCCUUGGGUAAAUGCUUUUGGAGAGUACCCAUGCUACUCGUUCCCCACAAGGAUUCUUAACAACUUUGAUGGCCAACUGAACUACAAUGGUUUCAUCAAGUGUCGAAUAGUACCCCCUCGUGGGUUAUAUCACCCUGUACUUCCUGAUAAGAUUAACAACAAGACCAUGUUUGUUCUUUGUAAGAAUUGUGCUGAAAAAGGUAUCUCUGUUUGUCGCCACUCUGUUGAACAGAGGGCUUUUGUUGGGACUUGGUGCAUUCCAGAAGUGAAGUUAGUGCUUUCAAAGGGCUAUGUCAUUUCUCAAGUUUAUGAGGUUCUUCAUUUCGAAAAUACGGGAUCUGAUCUUUUCAAAGAUUACAUCUUCACAUUUCUCAAAAUCAAGCAGGAAGCAUCAGGGUACCCUAAAUGGUGUAAAAAUGAUGACGACAGAAAAAAGUAUAUUGACGACUACAAAAGCAAGCAAGGUAUUCGUCUUGAUCCAGCCAAAAUUGUCUACAAUGAAGGAUUACGUCUCGUGGCUAAGUUGAUGCUCAAUUCAUUGUGGGGUAAAUUCGGUCAAAAGAACAACAUGCGUAAGCAUAUCACGAUCAAUGCUGAGGAAAAUCCUGAUGAAUACUACUCCAUCAUGUUCAAUGCUAAAUAUAUCGUACAUGACAUAGUUGAUUAUGAUAAUGGUCGCACUUUGGAUCUGUCAUACUCCUUGCAUAAGGCUGCUGUUCGUGAUGACAAGAAUACUAGUAUUUUCAUUGCUGCAUACACUACCGCUUUGGCUCAUUGUAAACUUUACAGUGUUCUGGAUACUGUAGGGGAAAAGGUGUUGUACUAUGAUACUGAUUCUAUUAUAUAUGUUGAUGAUGAUAUAGGAUCAACUGAAAAGACUUUGCCCUAUGGUAAUUAUCUUGGAGACCUGACAGAUGAAUUGAAAGGCGACCAUAUUGUAGAAUUUGUUUCAGGUGGCGCUAAGAAUUACUCUUACAUUCUCAACAAAACAGGGAGAGCAAAGACGGUCUGUAAAGGCUUCACACUUUCAUAUGAAAAUGGACUCAAUCUUGGACAUGAGUCUAUGAAGGAUAUAGUAUUUAACCCUAGGUACAUUGAUGAUGAAGGGAUUGAGAAAGAGAGUUGUGUUAAUUUUAACUUUAGCGAAAUCAACAUUAGUAAAACACACAGUGUGCGUAACAAGACAAAGAUCAUCAUACCAGAAAAAAAUAACUUACCCAGCAAAAAGUACAAGUUUGUCUACAACAAACGUGUGGUUCAAGAAUUUAACUCUGAGUCUAAGGUCAUAGAGACACUUCCUUUCGGUUUUUAA